AUGACACCAGGAGACUUGUCCUUCGGCCUCACGGCCGGAGGUCGCGCGGUGUCUCCGCACGUCUCCGGUGUACGUACAGCCGAGCCGCCCGCGGAGGACGGGCACAACGUCGAGUUCAAUCGGUCGGACGACCUUCCCGCUUUUCUCCAAGACCUCCAGAAACAGUGCGUUUCCUCCUCUUCUGCCUUUGCAUCGAAGCCAUUCGGUGAUGCCGCGAAACGAAGGGGACGGCGACGAUGCGGCGCGGGCGCCGAGGAACAGCCGACCAGUUCCGGCAGCGCGCAGGUUCCCCUCGGCACACUCUCGGCGGCUGCCGCGGCGCUGUCUCGGGACAUCGAGAGGAGACAGAAAAGGGCCGAAAGGAGACAAGGCGAGAAGGAAUCUCCCGUUCCGGACGCUCCAGGAGGCGACGCCAGCAGCGAGGAAGAAGACGAGAUCGGUUCGCGCGCGUCCUUCGUCAGAGCUGCCCUCACGCAGCGACGCGUGAAACGGGAGGAGACGCGGGAAGACGCCAGGGCGGCAAGUGCGCAGGAGAGGCCCGCGAGGAAGAGAAACGCAGAAGCGGCCGGAGCCGAGGAAGAGAACAGCCGACAGAAGCGAAGAAAGAAAAAGAAGAAGCAAACUCUCGGAGAGCACAGGGAGAGCACGGAGGUCGUCGCCGACAACAGAGCAAUCGAAGACGAGAGUGAGAAACGCGCAAAAGGAAAAACGCUCGGAUCAACGGUCGACACUGAGGCAGACGAGCCUACGAGGACUGAGGGGAAGAAGGCAGCCUCAUCAGGGAAGAAGGAGAAGAAACGGUCAGCGACAGACGCGCGUCUGAAUGUGCAGCUGCAGGCUACUGGUACAGGCAAGAACACCGAUGAGCCCCAGAAUCAAAAGCAGCGGAAGCGGAAGGAGCGCCGGGAAGCGGCGACAGACUCGAUAAAGAUCAUGAAUCCGACAGGCCACGGGCAAGCAAAGAAGGGCGGCGGGGAGGAAGAGGGAGGCGAAGAAGGUUCUUCGUUGGCCGCCGCAUCUCGCGCGAAAGGCCAGCAUGCAUCUGUCUUUAGAGAGAAGAGUGGACAGAAGAAAGACGCGAAACGCGGCGUUCAAGGAUGGGCCACAGCUCCCCGAAACCGAGAGGGAAAAGGAGACACGACCUCACAGAUCCUCUCUUGGGAGCGAUCGACGGGGAAAACGCUGCAAGGGCGGCUCAUCAAAUUUCGGCGAGUCGUUGGAGAAGGCGAGGACGGCCCGGGACGAAGAAGGUCCAAGACGCGCAGUCGUCAAAAAAACAUCCGCAAGGACAACCGCCCCGAUCACUUGAAACCACCUCACCUACAGCUUGGAUCCAAAGUUCCUGUCUACAAUCUCGGCUCCACGUCAUGA